UCCCGAGCGGUUCGCGUUUUCGAGUCAUUUGGCGCUAAAAUCCACCACCUAGAAACCAGAGCCACCACAAAAUCCAAGGGUAUUUUGAGGGACCUGGUUUUUGUGGGCUGUGAAAUCCAUAACUCCAACACCAACCUGCUUAUUAAUGCCCUAAAAGGAAUGGCUGAGGAUGUGCAGACAAACCAGGAAGAAAGAGUUCCUUGGUUUCCCAAGAACAUACAAGAUCUUGACAACUGUCAUCACUUGAUUUCCAAGUAUGAACCUGAUUUGGAUCUUGAUCACCCUGGUUACCGUGACCUAGAAUACAGGAAGCGCAGAUCUGACAUUAUGUCUCUGGCUUUUAACUACAGAGAGGGAGAUCCUUUACCUAGAGUGGAGUAUACAUCACAGGAGAUCGCCACUUGGGGAGAAGUAUAUAAGAAGCUGAGCAGUCUCCACCCUACCCAUGCCUGUAAACAGUACCUGGAUGCUUUUCACCAGCUAGAAAAAUGCUGUGGCUAUGAAGAAAACAGUAUUCCACAACUUCAGGAUGUCUCCAAAUUUUUAAAAGAGAGAACGGGUUUUCAGCUAAGACCUGCUGCAGGGUUGCUCUCUGCUCGGGAUUUCCUGGCUAGCUUAGCCUUCCGCGUCUUCCAGAGCACCCAGUACAUCAGACAUGCUUCUUCCCCAAUGUACUCUCCAGAACCUGAUUGCUGCCAUGAAUUAUUGGGUCACAUCCCCAUGUUAGCAGACAAAGAAUUUGCUCAAUUUUCACAGGACAUUGGUCUUGCUUCUCUUGGGUCAUCCGAUUCAGAGAUCGAAAAGCUGGCAACACUCUACUGGUUUACUGUUGAGUUUGGGCUCUGCAAACAAAAUGGAUCCAUCAAAGCCUAUGGGGCAGGUCUUCUAUCAUCGUACGGGGAGCUCAUGUAUGCCUUAUCAAACAAACCAGAAUACAAACCAUUUGAUCCGGAAGUGACUGCAGUUCAGCCUUAUCAAGACCAAACCUUUCAGCCUAUCUAUUUUGUAUCAGAAAAUUUUGACGAUGCCAAGGCCAAACUGCAAAAAUAUGCCCUGAUGAUCAAGAAGCCCUUCUCAGUUUACUAUGAUCCUGUGUCCUGCAGCAUCAACAUUCUAGGCUUGCCGCAGAAGGUCAAGACUGUCCUUAACCCAGUGAAAGAUGACCAAAAGCACCUCUGCCUUGCUCUCGAAAAUGUUGCCUAAGAUUGCAUUAGCAGCCAGGCUGUCUUUGUAGCCUGAGCAGAUCAGGUGUCUUCUCUUGGGUUUUCCAGGGGGUUAUGGCCACGCAUUGGCAAUAAGCAGGAAGGCCGCAGGUUAACCUGCAUCUUAAAAAUUACAUUGUUUUUUCUUAGGAUUUCAUUUAUUCCUGGCCUCUUUCAAGCUAACCUUCCUUUUCUGAAGCUAAUUUACUUCAUCUCAUUCUGAUCUCUGUGGCCUCUGACCUGUUGCUGAUAUCCUUCCUCCUUGUCUGGCGCUCCUACCCUUUUCACAUUAAACAGUUGUCCUGCCCUUCUGAAAUCAGAUCUCUGCCAGGAGGCUGUCCUCAGUUUCCACUUUAGGACUUCUCAGUUGCCACUUCAGUACUUCCAAGCCAAUUAGGCCACUGUGUACUCACUCCCCCUCCUUCCACACCAACUCAGUACAUACCAUUAUACUUCAUUACUUCCUCUUACCUGUAAUUUAUUUUAGUGUCUCUCUUCUGUGCUUAGAAUGCAAGGACCUUGAGACCAUAUCUAAUAUCUAAUAUUUCUAUCAGACCAUAUCUAAUAAUUCUACUGUAGCCUCCAAAUUCUUAGUGAGUGCUCAAUAAGUACAUAUAUUAACGCUACUCAUAGACCUUGCUAGGUAUCUUCAUUCUGUCUCGCAUACCCAUUAACAUUGACCACACAAUUGGGGAUGAGGUAGAGGUAAAGAUACACAGGUCCAAAUGGAGGAAGUGUGACAAAGUGACAGUAAACCAAAAAGAUUAGCCAAAAGGCAAAUAAUCUGUUAGUUUGGAGGCCACUAGUCUAGACAUUGCUUAUUAAGGACUUUUGCAGUUUCAUCAGUUUUGUCAAAUAUCACUUUGCUCUCCAUCUCCCCUUCCCUUUGCCACACAUCUGGGAUCGGUGCCCUGAUAAUCAUAGAUACAAGCAGUCGCCCUUGUAUAGCAAAUAGGGAUGUAGCUGGAUGGGAGCCAGGUGCUGGGAUUGGAAAACACAGGAGACAUUCAUUUAUCCUUCUUGUUGUUAUUGGCCUGGACCCUAGAUCAAUAUUACAGCUGGGGGCAAAAAUCAAAACUGAACCUGCCAUCAGCCUGUCUGGCACUUCCAUAACUAAUAAUAAAAAUAAUAACGAUG